UCUAGUGUGAUGUGUACCGACAAUUUUUCGCUAUAUAUAUCGUCUUCCUCGUUUCUCUAUCCUCUGUGUAUCUCUUUCUACCUUCUCUAAACUCAUAGCCAACGCAAACAAGAAUAAGCAAAAGGCAGUGAGCAAAGAAGAUAAAAGAUUCUUAACUCGUUCGUUUGUUGUACUCCCGACUAUGAGGAUUGUACGUUCGACGGAGAAGUUCUCGGCUGAGCUGAAGGAGUUCAUGUGCGCCGCUGUGCAGAGGAGGAGAGACGACGACGGGUUCCGGGCCUCGAGAGGUGGUAAAUCAAGAAAUGCGGUGGAUUUUGAUUCCGACGCCGGGAACAGAUUGGUUUGUGUUACUGGCGGCGUUUCUUACCUUGGUCGCGCCAUUGUCAAGCGUCUUCUUGUUCACGGAUACUCCGUGAGAAUCGUCGUCGAUUGUCCAGAGGACAAAGAGAAAGUAAGCGAGAUGGAAGCUGAUGCUGAAACGGCGUCGUAUGGCAACAGGAUUACAUCAGUAGUGUCACGAUUAACAGAUACAGAGAGUUUGAUUAAAGCGUUCGAGGGUUGUGAUGGCGUUUUCCACACCUCAGCAUUUGUCGAUCCAGCUGGGAUCUCUGGUUACUCGAAGUCAAUGGCGGAAUUAGAAGCAAAAGUGAGUGAAAAUGUAAUAGAAGCAUGUACAAGAACAGGGUCAGUGAGAAAAUGUGUCUUCACAUCAUCUCUCUUAGCAUGUGCAUUGCAAGACAAUUCCCUUAACGAUCUUGAUCACUCUAUUAUCAAUGAAGAAAGCUGGAGUGAUGAACAGCUCUGCGUCGAUAAUAAGCUUUGGUAUGCACUUGGAAAAUUGAAAGCCGAGAAAGCAGCGUGGAGAAUCGCAGAUUCAAAAGGAUUAAAGCUUGCCACUAUAUGCCCUGCUCUUAUCACUGGUCAUGACUUCUUCCAACUUAACUCCACCUCAACUUUGGCUUAUCUCAAAGGAGCAAAAGAUAUGUAUUGUAACGGAUUAUUAGCGACAAUGGAUGUGAACCGUUUGGCUAAAGUUCACGUACGUUUAUGGGAAGGUUUGGGUGAUAAAACUGCAUUUGGUAGAUACAUUUGUUUCGACAACAUUCUCUCAAAAGAUGGUGCUGAAAAGCUUGCUAAAGAUAUUGGUGUUCAAAUCGAAAAGAUAUGCGGUAAUAGCGACGAUUCAGACGCAAACGUAGAAACUUCAUCUCCUCCUCAAAUAUCAGACAAAAAGCUUUUAGAUCUUAUGUCAAGAACUCUACGAAGUUGCUAUCAUGAAAGUUAGCUAGAGUCGACCAAAACUAAAAGGAGCAGUUUGAGAUAGUGAUGUAAUGUUUUGCUCUUAUUCUUUUCUUCUUUUCUAUGGUAUCAUGCUUUAUUUUAUCCUCUAUAAUCAUCAUUAUUAUUAUACGAGUGUGGCCUUUUGUGUGGAGGAGGUUGUUGUAAAGGGCGGUAGAGUUGGUGUUUGUUGAAAAUUUAUAUAUUAAUUUGCCAAUUUUGGAUAGCUAA